AUGUCUCCUCCUGUGGGCGGUGUCCAGAAGGAGUCUAACCUGGCUCGUCUGCUGGGCUCUGGAUCGGCUGGUAUCGCCGAGCUUGCUGUCUUCCACCCGGUUGACACGAUCGCAAAGCGCCUGAUGAGCAACGAGGGCAAGAUUGUCAACUAUGCGCAGCUCAACAAGGUCAUCUUCAAGGACAAGGCCGCCGCCCCCCUCGGUCGCAAGUUCGUGUCUCUCUUCCCCGGCCUGGGCUACGCUGCCGGCUACAAGGUCCUGCAGCGGAUAUACAAGUACGGUGGCCAACCCGUUGCUCGCGACUACCUUUCCGAGCACUACGGCAAGAACUUUGAGAAGGCAUUCGGUGCCAAGACCGGCAAGGCCAUCAUGCACUCCACUGCUGGCAGUCUGAUCGGCAUUGGCGAGAUCGUGCUGCUGCCCCUCGACGUUCUCAAGAUCAAGCGCCAGACGAACCCCGAGGCCUUCCGUGGCCGUGGCGUGCUGCGCAUCAUCCGUGACGAGGGCUUCGGCCUGUACCGUGGCUGGGGCUGGACGGCUGCCCGCAACGCGCCGGGUUCUUUUGCUCUCUUCGGUGGUUCUGCGUUCGCCAAGGAGUUUUUGUUCAAGCUGCAGGACUACAACAAGGCCACCUGGUUCCAGAACUUUGUUGCCUCGAUUGCCGGUGCUUCCGCGUCACUGGUUGUCUCUGCGCCGCUCGACGUCAUCAAGACCCGUAUCCAGAACCGCAACUUCGAGAACCCCGAGAGUGGCUUCCGCAUUCUGACCAACAUGGCCCGCCACGAGGGCUUCUCUAGCUUCUUCAAGGGCCUUGUCCCCAAGCUGCUGAUGACGGGUCCCAAGUUGGUCUUCUCCUUCUGGCUGGCGCAGACGCUCAUCCCGGCCUUCGACACCGCUCUGAAGCGGUAA